GUAUUCACAGUCCUUCGAGAAGACUCAACUACGUGGAAACUUACCAUAGCCGAACCCUCCUUGACGGUGUCUUAACUUUCCAAUAACCACAUACAACUUGGCAACGAGCCAGUAAAUAUAUAUAACUAUAUAUACCAACUAAACAACAUUUCUCUUUACAAAUAAGAAAUAUAUCAAAAUGCGUUUCUCUACCCAGAUCGCCGCCUUCGCUACCGCUGCCGCUACUCUAGCCAGUGCCAACUCGAUGACUUUCAUCAACCAGGACCAGACCACCCGCCAAAUUUAUUUCACCCCAAGUGCCGGACAGCCAUCCAUCGAAUCCGUUAAGAUUGCCGGAAACGACCAGGUCAAGGUUGACAUUCCAUUCUCAUGGAUUGGCAACGCCUACUCUGUCAGCGAAGGUGCAGCUAAUGUCCCCGGCAUGCUUGCCGAGGUAACCUUCCAAGGCUGGAACGACCUGACAUACUUUGAUGUCUCUGCCAUCGUCAACCCCUCUGAUCACGAUGGUGUUAAGCAAAUGUACCCGGCUACUGAACUGGAAGCCAAGGUCAAGGCCGCCAUUUCUGGGUGCCUCGUCUUUCCUUGUGCCACCGCUUACUACUUGCCUGAUGACAUCCAGACGGUGACGACCAAGGAGACGGACAUCAUUGUCACCCUUGGCAACUCAGCUGCCGAUGUGGCUGCCCGUGAUGCCCAGCCGAUGCUAGUGUCCCGCAACUACGUCCUCGGCAAACUGUCGGCCUAAGCGAGCUCUGUUGGUCGAUUGAUCUUGCUUUUGAGACGCAAUGCGCUGAGCGCUCAACGACGAUGAUACGACGGUGCUACGAUUAUGGUUUUUGAGAUACCCGCUCUACAACUUUCACUUCUCUCUCUCACGGCCAUGCCCUUUUCGUGGCA